AUGUCUUUUCGGUACGGCCCGGGCUUCCUGGCAACCCAUCUCACAAUCGCCAACAUCCUGAUCCCCCUGGCGGUUUUCAUAUUCGCUACCGGCUUCUUUCCCUAUAAACCAGUUCUGCCAGGUUUGGCCCAGUAUGAGGCCCUCGAAUAUGGUCCGCCGCCACCGGCACCCUUCAACCGCCUCAUCUUCAUGAACCACAGCGAUUUCGUGUACUUGAACGGUACCGGCUUCACAUACACUCAAGAACUCAUCCGCGAUGGCGCCGCUCUGCCUUUCACUGCAUACGCGCGGUCACCAACCGUCACCAUGCCUAGAAUCAAAGCCAUCACCACUGGCUCAAUCCCGUCUUUCCUGGACGUCAUUUUGAAUCUGGACGAGGCAGAUUCGUCCUCGACUCUCGCUGCCCAGGACACCUGGCUUGCCCAGAUGAAAGCCAAGCAGACCGGAAAAAUGAUCAUGUACGGCGAUGACACGUGGCUGAAGCUCUUCCCAGGCACAUUUGAUCGCGCCGAUGGCACCGCGAGCUUCUUCGUAGCAGAUUUCACCGAGGUGGACAACAACGUCACCAGACACAUAGAUACCGAACUGCAGAAUGAUGAUUGGAGCACGCUGGUCCUGCACUAUCUCGGCGUCGAUCACAUCGGGCACAAAGCAGGGCCGCGAAGCUCGCACAUGGUACCAAAACAACAGGAAAUGGACGAUAUCGUAAAGCGCAUGUACAACGCCAUGGAAUCACGAGACCACAUGGCUUCUACGUUGAUGGUUCUCUGCGGCGAUCACGGCAUGAAUGACGCCGGCAAUCACGGAGCUUCUUCACCUGGAGAGACCUCCCCGGCCCUCGUUUUCAUAUCUCCCAAACUAAAGACCUUGCAUCGAAACCUGGAAGCCCCUGUUCCGUUUCGAGAGGACUUUUCCUACUACACCAAGAUUGAGCAGUCAGAUCUGGCACCUACCCUCGGUGCUCUGCUGGGCUUUCCGGUGCCGCAAAACAACCUCGGCGCAUUCAUCUCCGACUUUCUUCCUUUCUGGCCAAACAAAAAUGACCAGGUUCAAUUGCUCGUCCGCAAUGCUCGGCAGAUAUUGAACAUUGUAACAGCAACUUUCGGCUCCGAGAUGUUUGAUUUAACGUCUAACAUUGACCAAAAGGCUUGCUCAAACCCUCGGGAUGAUGCCCAUGAGCUAGCGUGUGAAUGGCACCGCGUCAACGAAGCACUUCAAACCAUGGAUGCCGAAGUAGACUUGGACCCAACUUGGCAAGAAGCCAUGUCCAAGGUUCGCAAACCCUCUAACCCCGUUGAUCUCAAACAUGGAUUUAUACUGACACCCGGGCAGUGGCUUAGCAGAGCCCAGGAUUUGAUGAGCAGCAUGGCCAGCAAUUAUGAAAUGGGAAGGCUACAUAUCGGCGAAGCAAUCGUCGGCCUCGUCACCGGCACCCUCGUCUUCGGUGCUCGGACCAGUCUCAUACCGCUGCUAGUCAUCUCGGUCACAUAUGGCAUCAUGAUGUUCGCGAGCAGCUACGUGGAAGAAGAACACCACUUUUGGUACUGGGCUACGUCCAUCUGGCUGGGUUCCAUGGGCACCAAGAAGAUGCAGUCCACUCGCAGCCUGUUCAAAACCCUCGUAUCUCUCCUUAUCGCCCUAACAGCGACCAGAUUGAUCCGAGGAUGGAAUCAAACAGGCCAAAAGCGUGCCGGCGAACCCGACAUCGUCAAGACUUUCAUCGUCACAAGCCCGUCCGUCCUCUGGGUCCUCGUCAGCGUAACCUACCUCUUGCUCUUUGUACAAAUACUCAGAAAGCUCCGCGGCCUCCCUGGCACCGUCGCAACUGCCGCAUCCGCCACUCUGGUCAUCUCCGCCUUCACCUUCAAGCUCGCCUUCACCAGCGAAGACGCCCCCGAGCUCGUGACCGGCUGCCUAGCAACCCUGAACACCCUCAUCCAAGGCGUCUCCCUUGUCACCCGAGCCCGCCUCGUCUUCGCCGGCAUCGGCAUCACGGCGCUCUAUUCAUCCUUCCUCGCCCUCUCCAAACCCAAGACCGAAGCAAGACACACGUCCCCUCUCCUCCACCACUUAGUAACCCUCCUCCUCGCGACCCAGUCCCGCGUCACAAACAUCCCCCUCCUCUUCUUCUUCACCCUCCAACUCCCCUUCCUUGCCUCCCUCGACCUCUCCCUCCCCAUCCUAUCCACGACCUCCGUCCUACUCCAAUACGCCUCCUUCUUCGCCUUUGGCGGCACAAAUGCAAUCUCCUCCGUCGACCUCUCGAGCGCCUACAACGGCGUGGGCGGCUUCAAUGUCGUCGCCGUCGGCGCGCUGACCUUUGUGAGCAACUGGGUCGGGCCAAUCUACUGGGCCUCGGCGACGAACCUGCUCCUUCUGCAGUAUCGUAGCCGCAGGGCCGCCGAGGGUGGUAGCGGUGAGGGCAGACACGUGUUCCUGCGACAUGUAGGGCACCUGACCCUGUUCACGGCGUGUAGCGUCGCGUUCGUCAUGGUGGCGUGCGAGGCCCUGCGGACGCAUCUCUUCGUGUGGACUGUCUUCUCGCCAAAGUAUCUGUACUGCAUGGCCUGGGCCAUUGGGCAGCAUCUCCUCGUCAAUGUCGUGUUUGGCGGCCUAUUAUACCGAUUGGGAUCGGCUUGGUAG